AUGCCUUACUUCACGUACGGUGGUGGUUGUCUUCCCAUUUUGCUGCUGCACACUCGACACAGUGGGGCGGUUUUGGGCUUGAGCUACCUUACGGAGGACGUGAUGGUCUCUUCGUGUUAUGCUGCGAGUAAUCUGUUGGGCUUGAUCAAGUUCAUCAAGUUCCUCGAACUGGCCGCGGCCAACAUGCUGGCCAUCACCAACCUCGGGAUCUGCAUCAACCUCGCCCUCAUCGUUUCGGAGAAAUAUGAUUUGGCGAUAUUAUCCAUCUACGUCAUCGAGUUAUUCGUCGGGAUCUGCAUGUUCGGGAUCGUGUCCUGGCUGCUGACGUUCCGGAUGAAGGAGAUCAAGGAGUGCUGGGAGGCGCACAUCCGAAUCCGCUACUACUUCGGCCUGACUCUGUUUGGUACUGCAGUCAACCUUGGGCUAGGCAUCUGCGGCGUGGUCUAUAUCAUCGGCGAUCAACAAGAGUGA